AUGGACCCGGCCAGGCCUCGGUGGCUCCGGCCGCCGCCGCAGGCCGAGCCCAGGCCGGCCGCCGGGGUCGGGGGUCGGGGGUCGUGGCGGGCCGCGGCCCCCGACCUGCGCGGGGAGCUGGCCCUGCUGGCCCGGGGCGGCGACCUGGUGCUGCCCUCGCGCGUCAGGAGGCGGCUGCGGGCCGCGCAGCAGGCGCAGAGCCGCCGGGCGGCCCCCCCGAGCCCGCCGCCGCCCGCCGGCAGCCGCAGGAUCCCCAGCUUCCACUUCCCGCUGGGCCGGCCGCCGCCGCGGGCCGGGGACGUGGACGCCGGCAUCGCCCGCGUGGAGGCCGCCUUCGCCCGCCUGCCCCAGGAGAGGGCCACGGCCCGGGACAUGGGCGCCGUGGCCAAGGCCUGCGGCUGCCCGCUGUACUGGAAAGCCCCGCUGUUCUACGCGGCCGGCGGGGACCGCGCGGGCUCCGUGUCCGUGCACAAGUUCGUGGCCGUCUGGAGGAAGAUCCUCCACACCUGUCACGACGACGCGGCCAGGUUCGUGCACCUGCUCAUGGGCCCCGGCUGCAACUACCUGGUGCCCGAAGACUUCGUGCCCUUCCUGCAGGACGUGGUGAACACCCACCCCGGCCUGUCCUUCCUGAAGGAGGCAUCGGAGUUCCACUCGCGGUACAUCACCACGGUCAUCCAGAGGAUCUUCUACACUGUGAACCGGUCCUGGUCGGGCCGCAUCACCUGCACCGAGCUGAGGAGGAGCAGCUUCCUGCAGAACGUGGCGCUGCUGGAGGAGGAGGCAGACAUCAACCAGCUGACCGAGUUCUUCUCGUACGAGCACUUCUACGUCAUCUACUGCAAGUUCUGGGAGCUGGACACGGACCACGACCUGCUCAUCGACGCGCGGGACCUGGCCCGCCACGCCGACCACGCCAUCUCCACCAGGAUGAUCGACCGGAUCUUCUCGGGCGCCGUCACCCGGGGCCGGCGCGCGGCGCAGGGCGGGAAGCUGAGCUACGCCGACUUCGUCUGGUUCCUCAUCUCCGAGGAGGACAAGCGCUCGCCCACCAGCAUCGAGUACUGGUUCCGCUGCAUGGACCUGGACGGCGACGGCGUGCUGUCCAUGUUCGAGCUGGAGUUCUUCUACGAGGAGCAGCGGCGCCGCCUGCGCGCGCUCGGCCUCGACCCGCUGCCCUUCCACGACUGCCUCUGCCAGAUGCUGGACCUGGUGCGCCCCGCGCACAGCCCGUGCCCUUGUCCCCCCCGCGCAGGCCGCAUCACGCUGCGCGACCUGAAGCGCUGCCGGCUGGCGCCCGAGUUCUUCGACACCUUCUUCAACCUGGAGAAGUACCUGCAGCGCGAGCAGCGCGAGCAGGCCUGGCUGCUGCGGGACGGCGAGGCCGGCCGCCCCGAGGCGUCGGACUGGGAUCGGUUCGCGGCGGCCGAGUACGACGCGCUGCUGGCGGAGGACGACGCGCGGGACGCCGGGUAGGCGGCGCGGAGGUCACGACCCCGACG